AUGCGCCUCCUCUGGCUGGGCGCGGCCUUGAGGGCUGCCUCAGUCUUAGCACAAGGAAUUAGCAGCUGCCCGGGCUAUAUUGCCUCGAAUGUACAAGACUCUAGCAGCAGCAUCACUGCGGACCUGACACUGGCAGGAAACCCGUGCAAUGCCUAUGGAGAUGACAUCAAAGACCUGAAGCUAUUGGUUGAAUAUCAAACAGGAUCGCGGCUACAUGUGAAAAUCUAUGAUGCAGAGGAACGUGUGUACCAAAUUCCUGACGAUAUACUUUCAAUGCCAAAGCCUGGAGAUUCUUCUGGGCCGAGGGAUCUGGAGUUCGCCCUGGAAGAAAACCCCUUCUCUUUCUCAGUCCGCCGCACUUCCAACAAUCAAGUACUAUUUAAUACGUCUGGCCAAGCCCUAGUUUUCGAGUCGCAGUACUUGAGGCUUCGCACGUCCCUACCCAAUAAUCCCAACAUCUAUGGCUUUGGCGAAAACGCGGAUCCACUCCGCCAUGAUCCCCAAAACUAUACACAUGUUGAUUGGAAUUCAGGCGAGGCAUUCAUGCCACCGAAUGCCAAUCUAUAUGGGUCUUACCCGAUUUACUAUGAUCAUCGAGGCGGCGAUGGGACGCAUGCCGUGUAUCUCCACAACUCAAAUGGGAAGAGAAUCAAUCUCGGAAAUGACUCGGAGGAAUUCCUCGAGUAUAACACUCUUGGGGGAGUUUUUGACUUUUACUUCUUGUCCGGCCCAAGUCCGAAGGAUGCGUCUGCACAACUCGCUGGUGUUAUUGGCUUCCCAACCUUGAUGCCGUACUGGGGAUUUGGUUUCCACCAAUGCAAAUACGGUUACCAAGACACUCUGGAGACAGCUGCCGUGGUCGCGAAUUACAGUGCAGCGAACAUCCCGCUGGAAACCAUCUGGAAUGACAUCGACUACAUGGACUACCGCUCUACCUUCUCCUUAGACCCUUUGCGAUUUCCGCUGAGCAAGAUGCGGGAGUUCGUGAACUAUCUCCACCAUCAUAAUCAGCAUUAUAUUGUUAUGGUUGACCCUGCUGUCGCAUCGAGAGAUUAUCCACCGUUCCAUGAUGGAGUGGAAAAGAAUGCUUUCAUGAAGGAAGACAAUGGCACUCUGUAUACAGGUGUUGUCUGGCCCGGACCAACGAACUUCCCCGAUUGGUUGGCACCACAUACUCAAGACUUCUGGGACGAGCAAUUUGGCAAUUUCUUCAACGCGAAUUCCGGUGUGGAUAUCGAUGGCCUUUGGAUCGACAUGAAUGAAGCUUCGAAUUUCUGCGACUAUCCCUGCCCAGAUCCAAAGAAGUAUUCUAUCGAGGGUCGCGACCCGCCACGGCCUCCUCCCGCGCGAAUGUCUUCGCCUUACGAUAUCCCUGGGUUCCCCGCUGACUUCCAACCAAAAUGCGUGGCUACCGUGACUUUCAAUGUGGGAGCGCUAGUGCCAGGUGGGAAUGAUCUUCUACUAUUUGGUGAUACAGUUUCAAUAGGCAACAACACUCCAUUUUAUGCACCCAACAUGCAAGGCUCAAAUGGCAGCUGGAGUUUGACGGCCCAGUUUCCAGCCAAUUCCAAGGUGACUUAUUCAUACCCUCUUUACACGCACGAAGGCCUCUAUAUUUUCGAGGCGCAAAAUCGUACCCUGCAUACCCAGGAUUGUGGAUCAGUGUCUUCUGUCUCAGAUGAUUGGUCUGUUCCGAAUACAUCGGCCGUGGCAGUUCCCGAUGUGUUCUACUCUCCGGUUCAGACAUCCACAUCAAAAUUCGAUUUCAACUCUUCAGAUCCAGCGGGCUCAAUGAAGGGCCUGCCGGGUCGAGAUCUCAUUUCGCCUCCAUAUAACAUUGGCACAUAUGACGGACCUCUCAGCUCGCAAACCUUACCUACCAACUUGCACCACGCGAACGGACUGGCUGAAUAUGAUGUGCACAACUUAUAUUCUAGCAUGAUGGGUAGACGAAGUCGAAAUAGCAUGAUCAAACGUCGGCCUGGCAAGAGGCCGCUAAUUAUCACUCGUUCAAGCUACGCUGGUGAUGGAGCCCGAGUUGGACAUUGGUUCGGGGAUAACCGAUCCAUCGAUAGGGACUACCGCCUCCAAAUUAUCCAAAUGAUCCAAUUCGUUGCCAUGUUCCAGAUGCCAAUGGUAGGGUCUGAUGUAUGCGGGUUCAACUACGAUACGAACCCUACUCUUUGUGCACGCUGGGCUGUUCUGGGUGCAUGGAACCCCUUCUACCGCAACCACGCCGAAUUCAGCGCCAUUCCCCAGGAGUUUUACAGAUGGCCAAUGGUCGCAGAUGCUGCACGGAAGGCCAUUGCCACGCGCUAUCGGCUUCUGGAUUACAUGUACACGAACUUCCAUCGGCAGAGUACGACGGGAACCCCUAUGUUGACCCCUUUGUUGUGGGAAUAUCCUGAAGAUUCGAACACCUUUGCUAUUGAUAUGCAAUUUUUCCACGGAGACGCUUUGCUUGUCUCUCCUGUCACAACGCCAAAUGAUACCAGCGUUACUUUCUAUUUGCCAAAUGACUUGUUCUAUGACUUCGACAAGUUCACGAAGAUUGAAGGGCAAGGAGCAAAUGUGACCCGAGACAAUGUGGGGUUCUCCGAUAUCCCGGUGUACAUUCGGGGUGGCAGCAUUGUUCCUCUGCGCAUCAACAGCGCUAACACAACGACGGAACUUCGCCGCGAGAAUUUCGAACUGAUUAUAGCACCCAGUGCAAAUGGGUCAGCCUUUGGAGACCUGUAUCUUGAUGAUGGCGGGUCACUUGAGCCAACUAAAUCAAGUUUGCUACACUUUGAAUAUGGAAAUGGCAGCCUUGCGAUGCACGGGACCUUCAGAUACAACGCAGGUGUCAAACUCUCAUCCAUCAAGCUACUCGGUGUCAACGAGUCUAGUUGUUCAGGGCACAACUCAAGCACGCAGACCAUGACACGAUCGGUCAAUUUCCCUCUGACUAAAGGUUUUACGAUCAAUCUUGCUCAAUGUUGA